AUGCCACCGCCGGGCUCCUGGUUCUACAAGCUGCGGCGCAAGCGGGGCGACGCCGGCGAUGACGACGCCGCUGCGCUCGCGAGCAAGCCGAGAGGCGAUCGUGCGCCGCCGGAGCUCGCGGCUCCGCCCUGCUCCCCGAACAGAGCGUCCUACUACGUCCCGAGCUGCGACCGUGGCCCGGCCACGGGGAACCCCAAGCGCCGGGACACGCAGUUCCCGCGCAGCCCGCAGCGCGGCGACAUCGUCUUCGACGUGGUCACCGUCCAGGCAGCCGCCGCCUGCGACGCCGACCGGUUCGACGGCCUCAAGGCGAUGCCGGAGCUGAAGCUGCGGCCGAUCCUCACCAAGCCGGGCGGCGCCGCCGCCAAGAAGGUGGACGGGGAGGAGGCCUCGGGCAGCGGUGGCACCAGCGCGGCCGCGUCGCCGACGGCCAGGGUGCGGCGGCGGCGGCUCCACGUGCAGCCGAGCGGCGGGCGGAAGCGGAUGGCGGUGAGCGCGCAGCAGCAGCCGGCGGCGACCAGGCCGAAGAGCCGUCGCGCCAGGCGGCGGCGGUGGCUGCGUGAGAGCCUCGUGGUGGUGAAGGAGUCGGCCGAGCCGGAGGAGGACUUCUUGGCGAGCAUGGCGGAGAUGAUCGCCGCGAACGAGGACGUCCGGGCGUCGCCGCGGGGCCUCGAGGAGCUCCUCGCCUGCUACCUCGCCCUCAACGCCGCCGAGCACCACCUCGCCAUCGUCGCCGCCUUCACGCGCGCCUGGCUCGCGCUCGACACGACCGGCUCCAAGCAGCACCGGUCGUCGCCGCCGCUGCAGGGCUAG